AUCGCCCACAAACAUGGCGGCCAAAGUUGCAAAGAAAUCAAGUGAAGUUAUUGGAAGAUUGCGUACGUAUAUUCCUGCAGGAAAGGCUUCAGCUUCUCCACCUCUUGGGCCACAAUUAGGACAGAAAGGAGUCAACAUUUCGCAAUUCUGUAAAGAAUUCAACGACAGAACAAAAGAUUUCAAGCCUGGAGUUCCUAUACCUACACGGAUCACUUUUAAGGCUGAUAGAAGCUAUGUAUUUGAGACAACUAUGCCUCCUGUUUCACAUUUCUUAAAACAAGCUGCUGGCAUAGAGAAAGGAGCUUCCAAACCAGGAAAGGAGAUCGCUGGCACAGUUACGUUGAAACAUAUAUACGAGAUUGCGAAAGUGAAGAAGUCUGACAAAGUUUUUCAGAAUGCCUCCUUAGAAACUGUUUGUAAGUCUAUAAUUGGUUCUGCAAGAAGCAUGGGCAUACAUGUGAUAGACGGUAGGACUGGUGAUCAAUUAGGAUGAUUGUGUGGAUAAUAAUGGGAUAUGAUGUUAGACUUUGCUACUGUGAACGAACUUAAGUGAAUAAUUAUAUCCCGCAUAUGACGUAGCAUGUCAGAAGACCGUAUUUGGUCUUAGACUACAUAUAAAUUGUACUGAUCAGUGGUACUUAUGCGUAAAACGCAAUCACUGAGGGCGCAAUCAGUCGUCUCCAUUGCAAAUACGUCGCUUGAAAACGUCACUUUGCCUCAAAAAUUCGUUUUAGUUGUACACAAAAGUCUAAAAUUUGUUGGCUUGUUAUCGUGGCACCAUCAUUUGUAAUAUCUAUGUCUUUUGCAUCAUCAUGUUUAGUUCGCGUCAUUUUUGAUAGAUUUCUAAUAAUGACUGACAGUAAGCUGGUACAAUGAGAUCUAUGACGUAUCUAAACACAAAUCAAAUGAAUUCGUUUCGGCAACUUAGGAAACCGUUACCCGUUACAGAGUCAUUAGUAAGUCCCAUUUAAGAUAACUAGCAUGCUCAAAUCUUGACUAUGUGUGGUCUUUCAUUCAUGUUGCUCUCAUAGGAUGAAAUAAAUACAACUUUGUAUUUACUUAAAUUUCAUUAUCUUGUUUAACGUGUAAUCCACAUUUUUUGGUUAUUUCGUUUGACUAUUUCAUAAAUAUAAAUAUCACAAAUCAUAAGUUAUAAUUGUUGAAAUCUAGAAGUUUUCAAUCAUUCUCAGAAGAGGCUAUACUUCAUGUAGUAAACGUCCCAUAUCCAUCAUAUUACAUUAAAGUCCCAUAUUCAUAGAAGGUUACAUACUCAUAGAUGAUCACAAUAAUAAAAAUCUAAAUGGAAUAAUUAAAACACGAGUUGUAUUCAAUUGCAUCAAAUAUGGCAUGUCGAAAAUUGCCAAA